AUGAGUUCCACCGUCACCAUCACCGAGAGCACAUCGGCAUCUGCGUCGCAAACGCAAACACAAGAGCAAGGACAAACGCAAAAGCAAGAACAAACCCAAUUCCAAGUCCAGCUGAGAUCGGCCGACGACGGCGUCCUCAACUGGAACGUCCGCAAGGUCGAGGGCCUGCACCAGAUCCCCGUGUUUAGCGACAAAGAAGCCGAGCGGACAUGGGCCAAGCAGCACAUGGCGGCCGCCUUUCGCACCUUUGCUCGCCUGGGCUGGGCGGACGGCGCGUCCGGCCACAUCAGUCUGCGCGACCCGGUGAACCCGGACUGGUUCUGGAUCAACCCGUACGCGAAACACUUUGCCCUCAUCAAAGCGAGCGAUUUGGUGCUGGUCGACCAUCACGGCCGCCCGGUCCAGCCGACCCCGUACAAGGUCAACGCCGCCGGCUUCAUCAUUCAUUCGUCGAUUCAUCGCGCGAGACCAGACAUCCAUGCCGCGUGUCAUAUGCAUUCGCCGGCCGGACGGGCUUGGUCGGCGUUUGGUAGGGGGAUCGAGAUGCUUAACCAAGAUUCUUGUAUGUUUUACAAAAACCUGGCCGUCUACGAAGGAUUCGGCGGCAUCGUCCUGGCAGAAGAAGAAGGAGUCCGACUCGCAGAGGCCCUGGGCAAAAAUUGCCUGAAUCUGAUCCUCCAAAACCACGGCCUCUUGACCUGUGGCUCUACCGUCGACGAGGCUGCGGCCUACUUCAUUGCUCUGGAACGGGCUUGUGCCAACCAGAUCCUGGCCGAGUCUGCGGCGGCAAAUGGCAUUGCGAAGAAGUAUGUCGGCGCCGAAGAGGCAGAGUAUACGUGCAAGUGUACUUCCACCCCGGGCUGUGCGUAUAUGCAGUUUCAGCCUGAGUUCGACUUGACGGUGGAGUUGUCGAACGGGAAGGUGUUGGAAUAG